CCAAAUCAAAACACAAUGCAAAAUCCGAAAUUAUUUUUUUCUAUUUCCAUAAGGAUGGCCAAGCCGUAAAAUCCGGUAUUCUAUGGUAAGUAAAAAUUGCAAUGACGUCAAACAAUCAUCAGUUAUCUGUAAUGUGAGUGGACGUGUGGUAGGUCUGGAAUGAUGCACCCACAACACCGAUUUGGAUCACGUACAAUUGUUGUCCAUUCCAUAAUCUACGCACGCGUCCCAGAUUACGCUAAUCAGAUCAUUGGUGACGAUCUAUAAAAUUAUCAACUCCGUACCGGUAAGUAUUCAGUUGCAAAGUUGGCCGCAAACCACUCGCACGUUGGUGUACACGGAAGUCAAACAGAAUAGUUAGCGCACGUUUUGUCAUCAUGCCGGGAGAGCUUAUCGAGUACACGCUGGCGGAAGUGGCCCUCCGCAAUGGUAAGGCGGGCAAUCCGACAUGGAUUGUGAUAAGAGACAGCGUGUACGAUGUUACGCAGUACAUGGAGGACCAUCCCGGUGGUAGUGAGCUGAUUGCCGAGUGGGCCGGUAAGGAUGGUACGAAGGAUUUUGAUGAUUUUGGCCAUUCAUCGGAUGCGUUGCGAUUGCUGAAGACAUUGCAAAUAGGCGUUUUAGUUGUGAGUGAUCAAGCAAAGAAUCGUAAAAAGAACGUGUCUAGUGAUCAACCAAAGAUAACAGAAGACUUGACGCAAGAGGAACUCAUGAAGAAGAAGCGCAGCAAACGGCGAAUGUUUAUUCUGUGCGGUUGAACAGUUGAACAGUGUUCAGACACUGAUAAGUAUUUAUAACAUGCAUGUGAUAUCUAUUCUACCAUAGUCGGUAGUACAUAAGAUGAAAUUAAUGUAAAAGGGAAAGGUAGAUAAAUAAGUAUGAAUAGAUUUUGUAUAAAUAUAAAGAAACAUAAUGAAACACAAUAUAAAUCGAAAGUGGGAAGUAACAUUCCCAGCUGGUUAGCAAACGUUCGUCUUUAACAGCUUGCAAAACCAAGCUCAACAUUACCUGCCUAUUCCGAUCGAUCGUGGAAUGCAGGCAACCACCGUAAGGUAAACCAACCGCUGCUAAACAAAGUUUCCUUUCCCGAUACCGAUAACGUCAGCGAAGUUAACUUCCGUCGUAACACACUUUCCACCAGCCCGGAAGCAGCAUGACACUGCUCCCCGGGAAAGGGCCGUGGUUUGAUUUCAACACAGUUGUAACGUAUCGGGGAUAUAUCGAUCGUGGUACGGGUUGUUGAAGGAGUCGAAACUUUUGAGAGAGAUGUGUGUGUGUGUGUGUGUGUGUAUGGGGAACUGGUUGCAUUUUUAAGUUCAGUACUUGGUAAUGAGAUAAAUAUUAAA